AUACUAUCCUACGAUUCCCUGCCAGAGCAGCAGCACCAAGCACCAUGAUCCCGGAAAGAUAACGUUGCCAGGCGGAAUUGUUUUUCAAAGACUUCUAAAGGUCACUUCUACAACGCAGAAACGAACCGAGGACAAGGAGAGCUCUCCGUGUGGCACUUACAACAGCCAUGGCUUUACUGAGUAGUGUCGCGCAGUGCGUGUCCAGCGUUCUUCUGUAUCUGUUCUUCCUGUUGCUCUGCGCUUUUAUUCUGUAUUGUCUCUAUGUGAAAUACAUUCACAUGAAGUUUGAUCACAUACCCGGGCCGCCGAGGGACAGCUUUCUUCUGGGACAUUCCUACACACUAAACAAAAAGUUCGAGGACUACAGAGUGGUACAUGACCAGUUCCUUGAAUGGGCGGAAAAGUACGGACCUGUCUAUCGCGUCAACUUUCUUCACACGGUCAUGCUGACCGUCACCAGCCCGGAAGCAGUGAAGGAACUUCUGAUGUCUCCAAAGUAUCCUAAGGAUCCAGUCGCCUAUAAACGUCUGUUUUAUUUGUUUCGGAAAAGGUUUUUAGGUAAUGGGUUGCUGACUGACCCGGAUCAUGACCACUGGUACAAACAGCGCAGAGUUAUGGACAGUGCCUUCAGCAACUCAUACCUGAAGGGGCUCAUGGGCACCUUCAAUGAAAAAGCUGAGUGCCUCAUGGAGAAGCUGCAGGAAAAGGCUGAGACACAGGAACACGCCAACAUGCACCACCUGGUCAACCGCGUGACACUGGACGUCAUUACCACGACAGCAUUUGGAAUGGAGUUGAAUUUGCUGGAUGAUGACACCACCCCUUUUCCAAGAGCUAUAUCUUUGUGUUUGAAAGGAAUGGUGCGCUACGUAAGAAACCCUUUUAUGAAGUUUUUUCCUUGGAACUGGAAAUUUAUAAAAGAAGUGGAGGACUCUGCAGUGCUGCUUCGCAGAACUGGAAGGGAGUGCAUUGAAAAGAGGAAGCAAGCAGUGAGAGCUGGGGAGGACGUUCCUCGAGACAUCUUAACUCGGAUUCUGGAGAGUGCAGAGGAACAUGGAGACUACGAUGAUGAGCAAAUGCUGGACAACUUCGUAACAUUUUUUGUAGCCGGGCAAGAAACGACAGCCAAUCAAAUUGCCUUUACAAUAAUGGAGCUAACAAGACAGCCAGAGAUAACAAAAAGGCUCAGAAAUGAGAUUGAUGAUGUGCUUGGCUCAAAGCGAGAGAUAGAUUAUGAAGACCUUGGAAAGUUAACGUACUUGACCCAGGUCUUGAAGGAGUCUCUGAGGCUGUACCCCCCUGGCCCCGGCACGUCUCGGUGGAUUGCUGAGGACUCGGUCAUUGAAGGGAUUUUCAUUCCUGGAGGGGCUUCUGUGACGCUGAACACUUAUAUCAUGGGAAGAAUGGAGAAGUUUUUUAAAGACCCCUUGAAAUUUGACCCAGACAGAUUUCAUCCAGAUGCUCCAAAGCCGUACUUCUGCUACUUUCCCUUUGCGCUGGGCCAUCGCUCCUGCCUGGGACAAGUCUUCUCUCAGAUGGAGGCUAAGGUUGUGAUGGCGAAGUUGCUCCAGAGGUUUGAGUUCCAGCUGGUCCCAGGACAGCCGUACGGGAUAAUGGACACAGGAACACUGAGGCCUCACGGGGGAGUGGUGUGCAGAGUGACCCCGUACAGCAGAAAGGGCUCUUGAUCUGGGCUGCUGUUGAGUGGGAUGAAACUGCCUUAAGGAAUUCAUAAAUGUUAUUGUACUAACAGAAAUCACGUUUUCGCACUCUUCUAAAAGAAUAUGGAAUCAAAUUCCUGUAUGAUAUGGCCUGUCAUUGAAAAUGAAGCUUUAAAGCUUGAGUACUAUAUUAUGAUUCUGGCUUCUUUUUGGCUGUUAAUCAUUAUUUUUUUGUUUCUUCUUCAGUCUUAAUUUACAAAAUUAAAAUACCCUGAACUAGUGUGAAAAAUAUCCUAAAAAUCUGGGAAUUCAUCUAAUGUAAGUCUGUAAUGUGUGGGUUCGCUAGGAUCAGUCGUAUAUCCCCAAGGUGAAAAUCACGUGGGCUCUGCUGUCCUGCUGUGAGAACUGAUCUGAAAACUGGUGACAGGAGAUGUUGGUGCACAGGCUUUAAUCUCUCUGCAAUCUCACUGUCACCAUUCAGUUUGAUUCAUUACUUCAUUACUAGUUCUGUGUGCAUUUUCUUCUGAAUUCUGAUCUUUUAAAGAUAGAAUUUCCCUUUCCGCAGAAUGAAACGGAUGUUACUCAAGUUUUAAAAAAGACUCAAUUGUGUUUACUGGCCUGCUACCGCUUUCCUGUUUUCUUAAAAAAAAACAACAAUUUGUGCUACUUUUUAACAUUUGUAAUAAUGAUACGCUUUUCUCAUUUGAUUCAGUGAGGUAAGAUAAUGGGGAACAAACUGUGUAUUCCUUGAGUCACUGUUUACCCAGCUGGGUGUUUGAGCAGUUGCAGCCUGUUGCCAAGGGUCCAAUCCCACAGCCCUUUCUGCCGAGUCCAACUCACAAGCCACAGCUGGCCCUCGUGUUUCCACUAGAAUCUCUCGGCUUCAAUGCGCAGAAUGUAUGUAUAACAACAGAAGCAAUAACCGGAAUACGUCUUCCUAUUUUCUGUGUAAAUUGAACUCAACGUGUCCUCUGGAGAUCUAGUGACAUCUGGUGGGCAUUCGCUGAAUGUUUAAAAUGAUUUCUUGCUCACUUUUGGUUAAAAUACACGUGUGGUUGUUAAAAUUUUAUUACACUUAACGUGAAGUUCGUUUUGAUCUAUGAAACAUUAGACUUUAUACUGUACCUAUCGUGUGUACUGUUCCGCUAUGCUCUGUAAAAAUGUCAAUGUAAAUUUAUGAAAAUUUACUAAAUGGUUCGCAUGGGGGUUUUUGAUCACUGAACGCUAUUUUAAUAAAGAGUAUAACAAAGAA